UUUUUUUCAACCUGUUUGGUUGCCGUGGAAUCGCAAGGAAGGGGAGUGAACUGUCACAUUUGGUUAAACAUAGAAUUACAUUGGUUGUCCUGGGAGAAAGAUAACGCUUAUUCCCAUCCAUUAAAAGUAUAGGCGAGGUUGAGACCUCUUUCAAUUUGAAAAAAAAAACACAAAUCAUUUCAAAAAUAGAAAAGAAUAUCGUGAAAAGAUGACGUAGGAUAUGAAUCACGAGGAGAUUGUAAUUUCUUCGAUGGAGGGAAGUAAUGGAGAUUACGAGAGAUUAGGGGAAAAUUCGAGACAAGGAGAACCGGGAGAAUCUGUGCCUAAAUCAUGGAAACGAUUUGUGAAGUGGAUAGCAUUGUGCGUGUUGUUGAUGAUUUUGAUUAUAAUUUUAAUCAUAUGGGUUGUACCAUUAUUCACCAAAAAGGUGAUUGUUCCUAUCAUAACAUGGGAAAUGGCAACAUUUAGCCCUCCAAGUUUGGCAACGGUGAUCGUUGCAUCAUUGGCCAUAUUCCCGGUUGUUCUUUUGCCAUCUACACCGUCUAUGUGGAUGGCUGGGAUGACUUUUGGUUAUGGGAUUGGAUUUCUUCUGGUUAUAGCCGGAAUUACAGUGGGCGUAUCGUUACCUUAUUUCAUUGGGUCUCUCUUUCAGAGUAGAAUUAAUGAAUAUCUGAAGAAGUAUCCAAAGGAAGCGUCUAUAUUAAGAGGGGCUGCGGAAGGAAAUUGGAUUCAUCAAUUUCGAGCUGUUACUUUGAUCAGAGUUUCUCCGUUUCCAUAUCCUAUAUUUAAUUAUACUGUUGUUGCCACGGAUAUUGUUUAUAGUGCUUAUUUCUUGGGAUCAUUGGUGGGCGUAGUAGUACCUGAUGUAAUUAUUGCUUUGUACAGUGGGAUUUUGAUAGGCUCCAUUGCAGACGCAACACAAGAUCCAGAAUCCCAUUCAAUAUGGCAUAUAAUCUUCAAAGUUGUUGGAUUCUCUCUGGCUGUGGCUGCCACUUUUGUUAUUGGCCUUUACACUAAAAGGCGACUUGAUCAACUAAAGGAAGGGGCCUGAUGAUGGAGUAGUUUUGUUAUUGUAUUGGAAUUGGAUCAACUUCAGUAAGGGGCGCUUAUGAUGGGGGAGUUUGUUAUUGUAUCGGAAUUGGAUCACCUGCAAUCGGACGCUAAAGUGAGAACUUCAUAGUUUAACCACACAUCUGACUCAUGGUUGUAGAGGGACUCUGUACAAUCUUCAAAAGGGAGCUAAAGGGAGCCAUAUCAUUUUUGUAUAGGGACUGUGUACGUUCCAAAAUUACUAUUUUGCUUUGUGUGCAGCGGAGGGAAAUAGAAAUAGAAAAGGAAAUGGGCAUGGCGCUAAUCUUUCAAUGACUACAAGUGAUGUAAUCGAUAGAGGAAAAAAGAAACCUUUUGACACUUUGUUUUCAUGGUUAAAUGAAAUGCUAAUGGAAUUUCAGUUGGAUUUUACUACAAGUCACUUUCCAUAA